AUGUCCUCACCCACAACCCACGAGCAGCAGCUCGCGCUCGCCCGCGAAGCCUGCCGCCCAAAUCUCGUCAAGAACCUCAUGCUCCAAAACAAACUCGCCCACUCCUUUGGCCUCCGCGUCGCCUUCUCCACCGAGAUGCCCCUCGUCGCCAAGCGCGCGGGCUACUCGGCCGUGCUCAUGAACCUCGAGCACAUGGCCAUGAGCAUGGAGACCAUGAAAGACAUCGCCGUCUCGUGUCUGAAUAUUGGCAUCACACCAACCGUAGUCGUACCAACAUGCGCCCCAGAAUGGAUCUCCCGCUGCCUCGACUCCGGAGCCCAAGCCAUCAUCGUACCGCACGUGAACACCGUCGAGCAAGCAAAGAUGUGCGUCAACGCAUCAAAAUUUCCCCCUCUGGGCCACCGGUCCGUAACCAUGGUCACGGCAAUGACACAGUACACGACGACGCUAUCCUACGCGGCCAUCGCCGAGGUAGUCAACGACGAGGUCCUCAUCAUGCCCAUGAUCGAGACCAAAGAAGGCGUCGAGAAUGUAGAAGCCAUCGCCGCAGUGCCGGGCAUCGAUGCCUUGUUCAUCGGCUGCGCAGAUCUCUGCAUGGAGUAA